AUGGGCAGCUCGGUGGCAAAGCAAAAUCAAAAUCCUCCAGACGGCGAAGAUCCUCUGAGGGAUUACGCAACGGAAAUAAAUUUUCCUUCUAAUAUAUCCAAUCCUUGCUCAAAUAUGUUACUGGCUUACAUGGACGGGAAUUAUUAUCCUUGUAUUAUUGUAAACAGAGCUCGAAAUAUUGCAAAUGGAUAUUUAGUGUUUUUCCUUCAUAGCCAGUGUGAAACUGAGAUUCCAUCCUGCAAUGUAAUAGGAAAUUUUAAAGCUCUUCAAGACUGCGUUGUUAGUUUCUCGCACGAUGGAAAACUCUAUUUAGGAAAAGUCUUCAAAACCAGCUCUAAUGAAGAAACCAAAACGCCCAAUUUCUUCAUUAACUGCGAAGAUCAAUGCCGAUGGAUUUCAUUGCCAUUCAUAUUUCUGACUCCUGCACAAGCCAAACAAUUGUCCUGUUGAAUUUCGCUGAACUGAUUCAUAGAUUUUACAAGAAAACCUUACACUGAUGUCCCCGAUGGUUUAAUGGUUCAAACCGCUUAAACUUCAGGGUCAGCAGAGAUUUAGUGUGUGGGAAUAUUUUGUCAAAAAAAGCAUGAAAUAAAUUGUAUCUUUUACUCUUCUUCUUCAA